CAUAUCCGAGUGCAUCUCUCCAGCACUGCAGUGGUACGCAUUGCACCUCAUCUAAAAGCUCUUUAUCAAAUGAUAGCCUCCAAUAGCAAUAUAGCCGUACAAUAUAUAAUUAUAUAUACAAAGACAACAUGAGCAGCAGCAGGUCGAGGGAAGGCACUGAAGUAGGGAGAAAAAGGCAGAUGGAGAAAACACAGUGAGUUACAGAGAAAAAAGAGCAAGAAGGGAAAGCCGGGAGGGUGGGAGAGCAGACUGCGAGAGAGAGAGAGAGAGAGAGGGUGAGGGGGGAGGUUUAUCCAGCAGCGCUGAUGAGACAGAAGUUUCAGCUCUGUGCGUUGCACACGGCCAGGACAGAAGAGACCUUCCGCAUACAUACAGAUAAGAUGCUGCUCCCAGCCGGCCUGUUGAUUGGUCUGCUGUGCCUGAGUCACAUGGGCAGUGCGUGGGGUUUCGCCCGUCUGCUUGAUGAUGUAGAGCUGCGCUCAGCUUUCUCGGUCGCUCGCACCAGCAGCAUGGAAGGUGGACCGAAGAUGACGGUGACCUUUGACGCUGUUUACGUCAACAUCGGUGGGGACUUUGAUGCCAAGUCUGGUCUGUUCCGCUGUCGUAUCCCUGGAGCCUACUACUUUUCCUUCACCGUGGGAAAGUUUCCACAUAAGGACCUGUCUGUGAUGCUGAUGAAAAACAGGAAUGAGGUGCAGGCCAUUGUGUAUGAAGAAAAUGCAGGGGAGGAGAGGAAGGUGCAGAGCCAGAGUGUCAUGCUGCAGCUGGAGUUCGGGGACACUGUCUGGCUCCGUCUCCAUGGCGACCCUCGCUACGCGCUGUACAGCAACACCGGACACUACACCACCUUCAAUGGUUACCUUGUGUACCCUGAUGUCUACGGCUACCAAACGCACCACCAUCACCACCAGCAGCACGCCGACUCCGAGCAACCACUGCAAGACAACACCCCACUGCCGAGCGACAACCAGGCCACGGAUCAUGUCAGACCCGGAAUGACGGAUGGGGAGAAGGAGCCGCAAAUGAAAGAGGAAGAAGAGGAGGAGGAGGACGAAGAGGAUGACCAGAGAUCUGCUUUCUCGGUGGGGCGCACCCAAAGCAUUGUGGGCGUGAACCAACUGGGCAUGCCGCAACACCAGCCGGUGAGCUUCGACACUGCAUUUGUUAACAUAGGGGAAGACUUCAACGUGACAGAGGGAGUGUUCACCUGCCGCAUUCCCGGGGCGUACUAUUUCUCCUUCAACGUGGGCAAGAUGCCACAGAAGACACUGUCCGUCAAACUGAUGAAGAACCGCCUGGAAGUGCAAGCGAUGAUCUAUGACGAUAGCCAAGGUGAGAAAGCUCUGCAAAGCCAGAGUUUGAUGCUGUCACUUAAACCAGGGGACACAGUCUGGCUCUACUCCCACCAGAGAGAUGGAUUCGGUGCCUACAGCAACCACGCCAAGUACAUCACUUUUACCGGCUUCCUGGUAUACCCAGAUUUUCCUGCUUCCGCCACCACCAAUACUGCCACCAGCCAAUCAUACGCAGACAAGAAACCCUAGCUGCAGCACCUUGACUAGGCACCGAACAUUUCUGGAGGAAUUCAUACAAGAUGGAAAAGUCUCAGAUUUCACAGAAGGUACUGGGGAGCUGUACUCCAAAUGAAUGCUGCUUUGUGGCUGUCUUUCUGCUUCAUAUGAAUUCCUUCACAAAGUCACAGCGACCCGGACUGAGUGCAGCGCUUACAACAAAAUCAAUGUUCAGCCAGUGGCUUCCCAGGAUAUGAUGUUGGCAGAUGUGAAUAUUUAACUCUUUAAUGAAAGUUCAGUGGUUAUCACCCACUCACUCCUGUGUUAGCUCAUCAGUUAGCGUCCAUGUCUUUUAUACAGCUCAAAAACAGAGUGGGAUUCAGAAAUGCUCUGUCAUAUACUCUUAAUGAUUAUUAUAUGAUUGGAUGGAUAUUGGGACAAGAUGGUGGACUGCUAAGGUGGAAUGCUAGCAAGCUAACUUCUAAGUUAGGCAACAAAGAUAGGUUAGCGAGCUGCAUGUGCGGUCACAGAUAUCUGAUAAUUAAUGCCAGCUGUUAGAAAGUCACUCACAAACACUGAAUCCAAGGCGGUGCAAUAAACACAGCAAGUUAUUUUUUAGACAGCAGCAAUGAAAAUGCCCCAAAAGACAGUUUGACUUCUCGCUAUAAAGACAAAGAUAAAAAACGGAACCUAACUCUACACCUGCGUAUUUCUGCUGCACUGAAACUGACUUGUUUCCAUUGUCAGGCCCAAGUGGCUCAUAGAUUUGUCUUUGUUAGCUUCUUUUUUAGACGAGGCUGCUGCUCGUUGCCGCUUGAUGACUUUAAGUUGUUGACAAAUAAACAUAUGUUACUUGCUAACUACAUUGCUAGAUUAAGUGAUUAAAUGAGGCGACUUUAGUUAAAGUGUUAUAUGAUUAUUUAAUGUUGACAGUUGGCCAGUGCGUACCACAGUACAUCGUCCUUGUAAAGUCUUUAUAUUUGAUUGCAUUUUGAACAUAAGAUCUUGCUCUGAAGAGAAACUUAUAAGCAUGUUUUGAUAAAUGUGCAGUAAACGUCCUGUGUAAUGUACUGCAGAAUUAUAAAGGAAGGGUUAAACUGCAAAACAAUGUACUUACUUCCAUUACAUUGAGCAAAAUGAAAAUUCAAACUGCAUGCACACUUCAGUCUGAGCUGUAGACAUAAAGCUGUGGUAGAUAAUCACUGAAUUUUUCAUUUUUUUUGAGCAAAAUAUUCCUCCAAGUGCAUUUGUUACCCUCGUCCAAGGUGUUUCUGCUCGUAAAGUGUCUUUACUUUCUUUGUCUAUAGAGGCAUGUAAAUUGAUAUGAAAUUUGUGUGUUUUGUGUCAAAAUUAGUCUUUUUUUUUAAUAAAAGUUUGGUGUUUCUCACCCAAAUAUCAGCCGCAGGAGGAGCAGAGCGCGACGGGAACAAACUGACGUAGCUGUAGAAAUGUGCAGACUCCAUAUCCAUCCGACUGUUGACCACAUGCCACCUCUGAGCCUGCAGGGAUCUGGACCUUAAUUUGAUUUCUAAUUCUAGCGGCACUUAAUUCAUGUCUUCAGAACCACUGUGGGGAAAAUGUAAUUGCUUCUCCCGGCAGCUAUAAUAUGCAUGUCUGUUUAAUUUCACGCCGCAGGGGAAACGAUGAUGCUGUUCAAGUUGUGAUGAACCUUGACUUUAUGAAAUCACCUUCUCUGUUGGAAAGGCAACAUGUGAAAUCAUACUUCACUUUAAUGAACAUUUACAUUUUUAUUACAGUUAACUGGCUAUAAAUUCACAGGAAUGAGGUUCUCAUAUAACCAACGAUCUAAACCAGGGGUGUCCACCUCCAGGCCUCGAGGCCUGCAGGAUUUAGAUCUCACUCGGGUCAGUACACCUGAAUCACAUGAUUAGUUCAUUCCCAGGCCUCUGGAGAACUUCAGGACAUGUUGAGGAGGUCAUUUAGCCAUUUGAAUCAGCUGUGUUGGAUCAAGGACACAUCGAAAACAUCCAGGACACCUGCCCUCGAGGCCUGGAGGUGGACACCCCUGAUCUAAACACACCAGUGUAUAAAAAAUGCAAACUUGCUUCCUGAAGACUAAAAUAACAAAUCAACAUUAGUUUCAUUAAUCAGUAUUUUGGUGGUACUGAUGGCAUAAAUGGCUGUGCAAUUAUAAAAGGUUGCCCAGUGUCAAACACACACUGAAUUAUUAUCCCAUUUUGUUUAACAGCUCACUCUCACAGCAAACGACUGAGUCUGUGCUCGUGUGCAUUUAACCCAACACAGUUUCCUCAAUAGAGGAAAUAGAGACUGACUGGCAUUCAUCAGGUGGAGAGAAGUGUUGCUCCACCUGAGCAGUGGUGGUGUUCAUGUACGUCUGCUGCAGGUACAGCUGCUUUUGUGUCCAACCAGACACUACAGUCCAAUCACUUCCAAAAUCCCUCUUUUAUUAUUUGGAUAAGCAGAAUCUUUCAAAUCAAGCCAAAUAUUCUCUCUAAAUUCAAGAAAACAUAUUUUUUUUAAUUGUUAGAGGAGUCAACAAAUUAAACGUGAAGAAAAAAGAUAGAAAGGUUUUGUCCCCUAGCAACAAAAUCUGUUAUUAGUAUCAAAAGUUAAAAAGGCCAUUAACAAAACAUUUCACAUUAAAUACCAGAGGCCUUGACUUUGCUUUCUUUUAGCUUUUAUCAGAUCCCUCAAGAUAUAAUUUUCCUCUUGUAAAGCUGUGGGUGGAGAAGUUCACACUUAAAUAAGACAUAAGCUAUGAUGUCCACAUCAUAACCAGCGAAUCAGAGAUCUCGGACAACUGCCGAUUCUGAGCCACACAGAAAAAUCUCAAUUAAUUAGCCCAGGAAACUUGUGUAUAAACACUUCCUCUUGCUCCAGUGAAGUGCAUUCAGACUGAAGCACCACAGCAGGGGUAAUCAUCGCGUGGGUAGCCACGCUUCAGUUGGCAGGCUGAAUGGCAAUGAAUGUUGCAGCCAAUACACGUAACUCCUAAAAUAAUCCAAACAGCCACGCUAUUAAUAAACUAGAUGCCCGUUAACCACGCUGCGGUCCUGCCAGUUUUACCGACCCUUGGAGCGCCGCAAUGGUGAAAGAUUCAUUGGAAGGAAACAUAAACAGUGGGCUGGUGCAAAGUCAUUUGGACUGAUUAGGAAAAAAUACAAGCUGCAUUAUAAGAAGCAUGCAACCCUUCAUGUAUCCCUGAAAUCUGACUAUCCCUCAUCUGGCAGUAAUGUGAUUAGUUGCUAAUAUUAAGAGCAGAAAUUUCUAACCACACACACCGUGGCAAAGGAGGAGACGGAAAUGAGAGUGUGCAGCAGCAGGAAGUUACAUCAAAUGGACCAAGGUGUGGAAAACUGGGCUUUAAAAUUAUGAAAACCUGAAGAGAUAAACCUGAAAAUGUUCCUAAACAACAGCGUUAGACUAGUGGAAAGUAAAAAGAAACGUCUUUGCUUCAUUGUCACAUUUUUUGGGCGCAGGAGAAAUGAUUUUGCACCAGCUGGUCUCCGGCUUCAGGUGGCUCCACUCACAGUCUCACUAAUCCACAAUUUCCUGUCCUUUACGGGCUGCACUCACUUCUGAGAAAUUCAGAAAAAUAUGCCUUUUUUUUUAACAGUAUGAAAUAACACUGUGAGCGUGGCUCAUUGCAGAUAUAUUCUGUCACAGUCUAACACUCAGUGAGGAGGAGUGCACACAGGUGGAACGCCUCAGUUCUGCUUUCAGAACCAUGACCAGUCUGCAAAGGUGUCCAGAAAUCCUGCACCAAACUCGUGUGAUGCAUGCAUUUAAGUGAAAUACAUGAAAAAGAUACUUUGUCACGAUUGCAGAGCAGCUUCACAGACCCACUCGAUGCCUGCUGUGUACUUUUCUUGAUUAGUGACUUAUCUGUAUAGUAACUGACGAUAUGUUGGAUGUUUCGGGUCUGUGCUUCUCUGUUUCUGAUAAUCCCCAAUGGAAGACUGUGUAUUAGUAAAUAUGUAGCACAGACAUGGGUCGAAAUGUGCUCGCUUUCUGGAACAGCAUCAUUUUACUCGGCAUGAUUGAAACUGAAACUGUGACUGUGACCCUGCUUAUGGGGAAAGAGGGCUCAGUUUGACCCACAGCCUGUCUGCAGUAGUCUGCCUCACAUUGACUCUUUAAAGUGUUUCGAGUAUUUCUUAUUUGUAAAAUGAAUGCUUCAAUGAAGAUGUUUGACAAAAUAAAAAAUAAACAAAGG